CUGCUAUCCGUAGCUGGACUCUUUUCAUUUCUUCCUUCCCCCAGCUAGCUAGCUCGCUAAUCAAACCCACAGCUGCAGAACGGAGGAAGACGGGAGGCUCGCUCACCAAAUCUGACUGGCCAGCCACAGUGCCGACAAGAAUCAAAGGGACACCCGUAAUGUUAGUACCGGAAUCACCAAUGUUUUUUAUGACAACAAACGGUCAGACUCUGCUCUGGUAACCUUCGGCACAUCGCGGAAGCAUAAUUCAACGGGAACGGCUUUGACACGUCGCUGACAACAUGGCUGAGUUUCCCAUCGAUCAAAACAAACUGCCUGGAGUAAAAGAAGUGUGUCGAGACUUUGCUGUGCUGGAGGACCACUGCCUGGCCCAUAAUCUCCAGGAGCAGGAAAUCGAGAGCCACUUGGCAUCCAACGUCCACAAGAGCCGUCUGGUGCAGCAGGACGUAGCGUUGGCCAAGCAGCUGCAGGAGGAGGAGGACCGGAGGGCCCAGGCCAAGGCCAAGAGACAACACCGGGACAUAGAGCGCAGCGACAAUGAGAUUGCCCAGGAGAUACAGGAGGAAUUGGUUCGACAGGCGGAGCAGCAGCGCAAGCAGGAGGAGAAGGAUGCGGCCAUCGCUCGUAAGCUGCAGGAGAAGGAGAUGAAGGAGGAGAGGAAGCGACAGAAGCAGCUGGAGGCCAACUUUGAGGAGGAGUACUACGAGGAUAAAGGAGCCAUCCGAGCCCCUCUGGACCUGGAUGACAAACCCAGGCGACCUGGUUCAAACUCCCACUCCCCCGAGUCGCAUCCCCUUACCCCGGGCUCACGACGCGACCUCUCCCCCGAGUACGUUUCUUUUGAGCCUAGCAGGACCAGAUACCCCCCAUACGACUCUGUGGAGCCUAGCACCAGUGGACGUUCCAGGUCCCCCGAGCACCAUUUAGAGAGUAGAGGAGGGGGUAGUAGAGUCAAGCAUGGAGACCCAUACCCCGAGGACCACCUCUCCAAUAGCAGGGGGAAACAUGGGGGCAGUUACCCAGACUACCACCACCCCACCGAGGGUAGAAGUAAAGGGAAGGGGGACCAGAGGGGCCGAGACCCCCAGGGGUCCCAGUCCACCUUCUAUCCAGACAGCCGUGAGCCCAGGAGACACAGAGAGGAGAGAGGGGAUGAGGGAGAGCGGGUGGUGAGGAGGAAGGAGAGGCCCAGCCGGCCGCCCCCGCAGUCCCACAACCCUGUGGAGAGAGACGAGGCUUGGGAGAGAAAAAGAGAGUGUGAGAAAGACCGGCAAAGAGAACCCAGGAGAGACGAGGAGAGGAAGAGAGACGCACCAAGACACGAGGAGAGAUCGCGAGGCGGACAGAGACAUGGGCUGCGAUCGCAAGACCAAGAGCAUGGCCGAGACAAACACAGACGCCGAGAGAGAACCAAGAGCAGGGAGCGAGGUCUUGAUGAAGACUAUUACGAGCCCAUACCCAGCAGCCGGGCCUGGACUGUUGGUGGAGUGGAGGGCCCUGGGGAUGAGGGGGGGCCCAUGGCCAGGCUCCACUCUGGCCCCAGUGAGCUGUGUGAGGAGGAGGAGGCCAGAAGGAGCCCCCGCCCCGGCGUGAUGAGGGGGGAGAGGAGAGGUCACAGGGACCCUGGGGAGGGGCCCAGCAUAGGCACGGAGCGCUCCUACACGCACCCCGCUCCCAGGGAGCCAGGUCGUAUCGUGCAAGGGGGACCAGGGGGUCGCGGCGCAGUGGUGGUAGGAGGGGAGUACGGGAUGGGCGAGGCCACCCAGGGCAUCGCCCAGCUGGACCUGAGGGAGCAGGAGAUCCUGGACAUGGAGGUGGCCCGGAAACUACAGGAGGAAGAGGUCAAGGCGAGCAAGAUGGACAAGCGCGCAGCCCAAGUGGCUCAGGAUGAGGAGAUAGCCCGGCUGCUGAUGGAGCAGGAGAAGAAGGAGUACAAGAAGUCCAGGGAGAAGGAGAAGCAGGGGAUGAGGCCGGAAGAGAGGGGGAUGAGGCUGGAAGAGAGGAGGCGGCCAGAGGGAGGAGACUUCAAGCCCAACUCAGAGGAGGUAGUGCGUCCCAGGUCCCGAGAGGAGGAGUAUCAGAGGCACAGGAACCACCAAAAGCCUGCCAGACCUCCUCAACCUCUUCCACAUGACUAUGAGAAUGUGGAGACCAGCUACAGCUACUCAGAGAGCCACUACUCUUCCCGCACUCCAGCCAGACCUGAGGCUGCUUUCAAAGGUACCUAUUACAGGCAGUGACCCAGGCUCCCUAAGUUAUCCAUCCGUGACUUUGUUGUUCCUUUUCUUUUUUACUCAUCGUUGCUGUAUUUGUAAAAACUCCCCAUCACUUUAUAUUGACCAAGAGCCUUGGGACAAUGUCACCUAGUCGUUGGAGGUGGGAUUCUCCAGCAUAUCGUUCCCUUUUUUUUCCAUUUUGGUUGUCUUCUUUCAAUUGGCGCAACAGCCAAGAAGACUCAAAGGAGAUGCCUUGGGAUAUUUAUCCUCUUGCUGGCUUUUAACUGUUGAAGAUGAUGAUGGGGGGGGGGGGUGAAGGCGUUUCUGUUUUGCUGUAGUUGUCGUUUGCUGGUGUUUCCGUCCGUCUGUGGAUCAUGCUCAUCAUGGUGAAUCAAUCCUUUGCUGGAUAUACUGUAUAACUGUGCAAUCUCCGUCUCUCUAUCUAUCGCUGUCUAUGGGAUGUGCCUGUAUUUGGAGCCGAAAUGGCCUCCCAUUGUACGUCUUUGAGCCAAGAUGGCCGACGCUUGUUUGAGGAAAAAAUGUCGGCGGCGCAGCUUUUUUUGCACUCCCAGGCUCCAGUUCUCCCGUCCUCGUAUUGUGCUGCGCAUCUAGGAUGAACAACGUGACAGGCCCAGUCAUAUGUGCUGCAUAUAAUACUCCUUUUGAAAAUACAUAUUUUAGCAUUUUAUUCACAGGGGGGGGGGGGAGAAAAAAGAACCUACUAUAUCAGGAUGCUGGGUCUUUUGGCUUUGUGUUUUUAAUGCUUUCCAGUCCAGAAGUGGAUGGUGAUCGUAUGUGGACUUCUGACUUGUUGCUGGCUGUAUGCUGUUUCCAUAUGCGUGUAUUUUUCCCUGUCUUUCUAAAAGGGGCAUUUCCCUACUUGGAAUGAAGACUUGGGAGGUGGAAGUGGGGUUUUAUGGGACAUACUGCCAUGGUUAAGUGUUUUACGUGCAUGCUUACUGACUGUGCUCUCUUGUGGGCUGAAUUUCUAUCCUCUCUGACACUAUCGAAACUCUGACACUCCGUGAGUCAACGAGAGCCCAAGCCACUGAACUCCAUCCAUUUUGUUUUGUGGAUGAUCAAAAUGCUUUUUGUAAAUAUUGCCCUAAUAUAUUUGGUUGUAUGUUCCAUCCAGUAUUUGAUAGUCUCAUCUGUUUACAUGCUCUCAGCGCUAAGACAAGUUGACCAGUAAGAAUUGAAUGCAUGUAUAUUGCACCUCUGUGCCAAACAUAAGAUUGUGGUGGUCUUGGCAGGGCUGUAUUCACUUGGAACCAAACAGGACAAAACAAAGAGGGACCUAACUGAAUUCGUAGAAAUAGAAACUCUGAUUUUUGUUGCAAAACAUUUUCUGUUGCAAAAUCUUGUUUUCUGUACAUUCCAUAAUAAAAAUGCAUUCUGUCUCACACACACACACACACACACACCACUCCUCUCUGACCGAGAGGGUUGUGUCACAUGAGUAAACAUUCCCAUGCAUGAGAGUGUGGAGGGAAGUUUCAGUCAUCCACGGAAUUAACAGGGAAAGUGAGAACAUGAUUUCAUUCUACUCAAAAGGGACCUAUUGACUCAGACAGCUGUGUUGAUAGGGUUCACUGCUCCGUGGCCAGUCGAGUCAUUUUCUCAUCAUAUUGAAUAAAGAUCACAAUAGCGGGAAUAGAGAACACACUUAUCAGACGUCCUACUGUAAUAGAGAUGCAUGUAUCAAAAGGGGUUACAGGAGACUAUAGGGACUUUUGGAUAUAGUACACCUCCCAAAUUGCACCCUAUUCCCUAUGUAGUGCACUACUUUUGACCAGGACCCAUAGUGCUCUGGGGGGGAAAUGUGUGCACUAUAUAGGGAAUAGGGUGCCAUUUGGGAGACUUGCACAUUGUGCCGCAAAUGGACAUGGCGCUAAUAAUAGUUUAUUUCACAGGUAGAAAGAGUAAAUCAGACACUGUUCCCAGUUUGAUCGACAUUAAAAUGUUUAAUUAUGAUCCUGUCGUAUUUUAGAUUUUUUUCCCCCAUUGACCGAGCUUCUUUAUCCAAGUCCGAUGGCGUUGGCGUGCUUUGUCCGAGUUGGUGGCAUCUGCCCCGGAGACUCUUCUAUACCCGUCAAGACAUUUUGAGACGUGUAAAAAAUGUUCUGGAUGAGAUUUGUGCCAUUUUAAGGAUUAUUGUCAGGGACUUGUCGAUUUAACGGGGAAUCCCUGCUCUUUAAGUUAAUGACAGUGGAGGAGGAUCAGUGUAAAAAAAAAAAAUCCCAGAACUAAGGGAUGUGUAUAUAUCCUUUUGUCUGAUAAUAGGAUCACCUUGUGGACAUAUUGAAUAACAAAUUAGAACAUGUACACCAUCGGAACAGAUAGUGGGUGCAUAUUGGUGAUUUGCUGUAUACUGCUUUGUGCUAUAUGCAGUGAGCGCAAAACGAACUGAAAUCGAGUCACGUUUGAACCGUUUCGCGAUCCAGGGUCUGUAUGCGGCCUACAAAAUCAAAGACGUGUGUGUUUUGGCGCUUACUGUGAGACUCUUUUGUAUCAUGAACUGAAUAAACGUUUUGCUUUUACCAUCUCAAAAUGAUAUUUGCAUGUGUUUUAUUCAUGAAACAUAUGUCCAAUUCUGUGGCGUCACUUGUAUCCUAAACUUCAGGCCCGGGUUCGAUAACACAUUUCUAUCGAGACUAAAACAUGAUGCAAGGCACACAAGUGAAUGGUUUAUGUAUGGCCCCCCCAACUAGCCUAAAUAUUUUGGAGGUCCAUUUGGGUGCUAUUACUGUAGCUCCCCUCGAAAAGAAUCAAUCGAGAUUCAAAAUCCUAGGAAUUGGCUUAGUGUUUAUUCAGCAAGUUACGGGUAUUGUACGACACGUGACUGGAACAUCGUAUUGCAGAACGAGUUGACAAUCAAAGCACAAGUAUUAAAUAUGUCAGUGUAAAGUCAACCAUACACUACACAGUGUAAAGUCAACCAUACACUACACUGAGAACAUGUUGUGCUGCAUUCCAUCUUUUCAGUCUCUUGUCAGGGAAAAGGGUUGGUCUGGGUGGGAUUCCCCCACUUACCUGUAGAGAGAGAGGACAUGUGUACACUUAUUGCAGCAUUCUGUUGAUGCCCUGGUUUUGCCUGCACCACAAUGUGGAAUGGAGGAAGGCCGUCUCCAACACAGUACUAUCCAAGGGCCAAUUCCACGUUUUAGCCUACAAGUUAAGACCUCGGUCAUGUUCACUAGGCAAACGUUGAAGAAAAGAUUCCGUUUGCUCUAAAUAACAAGGCUAUCUGAACAUUCCGCAAUGUUGUGCCCCUGCUUAAUGCGCCCCUCAUAAUCCUGUAACACCGACCAGGUUAACAGGAAGUGGCAAAUGUUAAAGCCACGUCUUAUGUAGGCCUAGUCUAAUUGUAAUCUCUGUUCACACGUGUGUUUGUUCUAACUAAGCGGUUAUAAGACAUUUACCAGUAAUGACAUGCUUGACUCCUGAUCAAUAUUUGCAUUACAAGGCAACUGUACCAAAUGAGUAUCACCAGUUCGUUACAAGUGUAACCUGUUUUCACUGUAGGGCCUGCAACUGCUAUGCGUAUACGAAGUCUUGUUGGGCACAGAGGUGAAACGGUACUCAAAUCAUUAUGGAUUGAAAUGACUAAAAAACUAGCAGAUUAUUUUUCCUUGUUUGAACAGUGAAAUUUGCUCACUUUUUUUCCCCCUUCAACGUUCAUGAUAAUGCAGGAGAAAGGUGUACCAAAAAAAAAUUAAGGACACCUUCUAAUAUUGACUUUCACACCCUUCCAUUUUUUCUUCUUCAGAACAUCCUACAUUUUUACGGGGCAUGAACUCGACAAGGUGUCAAGCGCUCCACAGGAAUGCUGGCCCAUGUUGACCUGAAAUGCUUCCCACAGUUGUGUCAAGUUGGAUGGAUGUUCUUUGGGCGGUGGACCAUUUUUGAUUGACACAGGAAACUGUUUGAGUGCGGGAAAACCCCCAGCAGUGUGGCAGUUCUUGUCACAAACCGGUGCACCUACUACCAAACCCUGUUCAAAGGCACUUAAAUCUUUCACCCUCCUGAAUGGCACACACAAUCUAUGUCAUGGAAAGAGCAGGUGUCCUUAAUCUUUUUCUACAGUAUCCUACACUAAAUUGUCAGCCAAAUAGAUUUUUUUUGCUAAAUAAAACAACUUUCAUUGUCCAUCUCCAGAUGAACAGCCUAAAAUCUGUCAAGUUGUAUUUACUCAUUUGGUUUUCAUUAUAAUGUUGAGAGGGAGCAACCUUGCGAUGAGUUCAUGGCAAUUGAUCAAAUAUAAAAGUGAGUCAUGCUGGGUUGCGGUCAUCGGGGAAAGUACAUUAACCCAUUUAACUCCUUCCUCAUUAAACUCACAGGGAAGAGGGUUGAGUGCUGGUUCACCAACAUACCAGACAUUGGAAUUGUCUCAAUUGCAUACUCUCUCCUCGCCACCUCCUCAAAACCCAUUAGAAGAGAAGGUCAGAGGGGAGGGACCUCUGACUCUCUAAUCCAAUGGGUUUUGAGAAGGACGCGACGCGAGGAGAGAGGACACGAGGAGUACGCAAUUGAGAUGAUCCUGUAGUGAUGGUGUGUUUGCAUGUUGCAACAUCAAGGGGAGAAACAAACCCUUGGCAACCUACUGUGGGAGAAUGUCAAUUGUGUACUUCUCGCUUCCUCUCUCCUUGGCUCCUCAAAACUCAUUGGAUGAGGAAGACAGAGAUCCGUCUGACCUUCCCCCUCCAAUGGGUUUUGGGGAGAGGAUGUGUAGAGUAUGCAAUUGAGAUUCUCCCACUGGACUGCACGUUAUGUCAAAGUUUUUUUUAUUUAAAUUUUUAUUUGAUUGAGCCACGCUACUGCCCCCUGGCUACAACAAGUAUGUAUGAGUCUUAAAAACACAGUAAAAGACGGUUUCCUAGACAAAGCCGAGUCAUGGAUUAAAACAUUCUCCAUUGACAAUGCUUUUUAGUCUAGAACUAGGUUUAUUCUGUGUCCGGGUAACCGGCUCAAUCACACUCAAACUCCUCAGGUUAUGUGGACUUUGUCUCCAUCCUCCAACUUAAAACCGGAGGCCUUGACACCUGUUGAUGGACCUGCUACGCACACUACCAGAAACAAUGACUGAAAUCUGUUGGCACAUCUCAGGCAAGGUUUCUAGCUGUGUGGGCAACAUGUAACACUUGGAAAGGACUCUGUGAGAGAAGUAAACUACUGUUGUACAUUUAUUACAGUCCUAGGUGGAUAUUUGUAUCAUUAGUGCACGCACUGUGGUUGCCACUAUAUUGCAAUACAACAAUAUCAUGGUUCUUUGCUGUUAUCAAAUACAUGUAGGCCUACAGUAUUAAACGUUCUCUUGACGCAGUAAUUCCAUGUGGCAUGAUCAAUGCAAUGACUAUACUAGUUACAUAUAUUAAGGAUUUUAGCCUGUUUAAUUCAUCCAAUCUAAUGAGGCUGUCUAGGCUCAAACAUUUACGACAGUUUGGCGUUUUGAAGGAGCCAUUGCUACAGUCAUGUGUAGGUUAGUGACAUGUUAUUCAGGUUAGUGACAGGUUAUUCAGAUGUUUACCUGUGCCGAUUAAACUUUUAGUCACGAGUCAAACACUUGGAAUUACUAUUAAAACACUAGAAAAUUGUCAAGGAACAACACGACGUAUGGCAAUGAAUAUAACAUGCUUGACAAUUCAAGGUGUGCGUGGGCUAACUCACCUGCGGUGGCCUCGGUGUCGUCGAAAUGUUCCAUUUUAAUAAUCAUGUAAAUAAUGAAGUCGAGCUGGUCAACUAGAGCAGUCACUCGUUGUAUGGCUUGCCUUACCUGAGAAUUGAAAGUAAAUGCAGCCGUCCCGAACCUAGAACAUGCCUUGUCGAGACAUGGAAAAGACACACGCCCAGUUGAAUCAGCGCAACUUUCGCGCAUUCAUCAUUGGAGAGGACAGCCAACUCAAACAGUCACCCGAGACACUUUUUGUAUUGAGUUUUGAAAGUGCAGUAACUGCAGUCGACUGUGGCAUUUUUUUGACGCAGUAUUUGCAGAAUAGCUGCAGUCUACUGCAGUUGCACACCAACAUUACUGCAGUAAAAAUAAAACUUAUUUUGGACGCAGUAUUUGCCUCAUACUUCACUCAGACUGCAAUCUUUUUUUGUUGUUGUAAGGGGAUGGCGCUUGUGUUGUUGACGGCGAGACCAACAUAUAAUUUUUACCAAAUGAAUUUGCCAUUCCAAAUGCCAAAUCCUUUAAUUCAUGCCGUUUAAUGCUUUUUUCUUAAUUUAAGUUAAUAUGCCUUGGGCACAUCUUCAGUGGUCAAAGGCAGAGGAUGUGUCAGGCAGACAAGCACCUCUGUACCUAAUUAAACCAGCCUUUGAGUGUUGACUCAAAAUGUGUGAAAUUAGUUAUUAGUUCUCCCUAAUCUCCUAUUUCCCCUUAACUUUAUGGUUAUCAAUUAGCAUUGACACAUAUGCAUUGUUUACCUUUUUUCUACUAUACUACAGUUAAGUGCCAUUUUGUCAAUGUUUGUCCAUUUCUAGCUGAACCUCAUGAGUGUAGGCUACGAAGAAAGAUUCAUGACUUAUUUCAUUGUAGCAUUUCAUCUCAUGCGGUAUGCCAUGAAGUGUCAGUGGAAAUAUUAGAUGUCAUGCUAAAUUGUGAAGUUAUUCUUUUUUCAGUUGAUAACAGUGAGAUAAGAAAGGAGGGAAAGAUUAUGGAACUUGAGUAACAUGUUCCAUGUGAGUCCCCUUCCUCUGAUUAGGUUGGCUUGAGAGUUCUCUCUGAAUCUGAGAGUUUUCUCUGAAUCUGUUGUCACAUUCCUUUACAUUAAUCUAAAACUGGUGUGGUUGUGUGGUGCCACACCUUUUGGUUUCUGCAUGAGGACAAGAUUAAAAACAGCGAUGACUUUGACUAAUAAACAUUUGUCAUUGGUGUUAUGAUUUCCAUUUGCAAAAAACAAUUUGACAGUCUGUAUAAUCUCAUUUUGGCUAUCCCCUCACUAAAAGUUGUGGAUCGGAAACCUAUUAUUCAGGCUCUUGAGUGGCGCAGCGGUUUAAGGCACUGCAUCUCAGGGCUAGAGGCUUCACUACAGACCUUGGUUCGAUUCCAGGCUGUAUCACAUCUGACUGUGAUUGGGAGUUCCAUAGGGCGGUGCACAAUUGGCCCAGCAUCGUCCGGUUUAGAGUUUGGCCUGGGCAGGCCGUCAUUGUAAAUAAGAAUUGUUCUUAACUGACUUGACUAGUUAAAUAAAUAAAGCAUUUGCCUGUAUAGUGAUUUAAGCUGCAUUGACACCCUGAAUGCUGGUAUGCGGGUAGAGAGAGAUCAAAUGCAAACAUUCCCAUCAUUGGGUGUUAGUUAAAAAUAGGCAACAGGCUGUUUGGCCCAGGGCACUGUGUGCUGUGCCUGAUGCAGGAAUGAUAUCGGACUGGUUUGACAACAGCAGUCCUAGUGUCUGUGCUAAGAGGGAGUCACCUAAUAAUACAUGCCAAGACAGUCUGCAUGUGUUCAGUCACAUAUCUGUUUUAAGGCAUAGUUUAAAGUCACUCUACCACAAAGGGACUUUUUGUUGUACUGAUCUACUGGCAGUGUUUAAUUCAUUAUGUUUUUACCUGACAUAACACUCUUACACCAGGUAGUUAAACUUACUCAGCUAGUCUGUAAGUGCAGAUAAGAUACUUUCCUGGACUAAAAAGCCUUCUCAAUGGAGCUUCUCAAUUGAGAGUGCCAAGACGAGCGAGCGUCCAAGACGAGCAUAUUCGGUCUGGGAAACUGACCCAAUGAGUAAAAAGGUAAAUAGUGUCACAGAUUGUUUUGAAACACUACAUUUCUGAAAAAGGUUGGAAAUACAAAAAAGGAAAUACACAGACAAGGGAACAUAAACUUAACAUAGACUGAUAUUCAUUUUUACAGAUCUUACCUCAACUUGUCACUUAUAGUGUCUUAGGUGUGUUACUUCGAUAGUCCACUAGAUGGCGACCUUAACCCAAUAGAAUGACAAUGGACAGCACUCUCCUCCACAGAUGUGUAAAUAUGCAAUAGACCCUCACUAAGCUGGCUUCUCUUAUGGAUCUGGGAAUUCAUUUUUUUUUGCAGGACGUAACAUGUUUUAUGAAAUAUUUGAAUUAUUUAUGUUUUUUUUGGUUCAUGGGCUCCAUUUUUCAAAACAACUGGCUGAAAUUAUCCAUCACUUUAAAUCACCAUUGUUCAGAGAGUCCCAAUAAUUCAAAAUGACCUGCAAAAUAAUUGACCUAGAAACAAUUGUAACCACUUAUUGUGUUUUACCUAGUAUGACCUUCCCUGACACAGUGAGUAGCCUUGAUUUCAUUGAUUGUAAGGUGACAGCCUCAAACCUGUGAUGCGAUGACAAUAUCCAAGUAACAUGAUAAGAAAUUAGAAAUUGUUUUAAGUAUUGUAGUUAUCCUGCUGUUUUUUUAGGAUAGGGCGAUGCUACCCUAAAUAGAAUCCCAUUCUAGUUCUGUGGUGCAACGUAUGGUCUUUGAGUGCUAAAAAUAAACGUAUUUUUGUUGAAAUGCACCCAUGUUAAUAUUGUACGUCAUUUUAAACAUUAUUUUAAUUGGUUAUGCUUUGCAAAUUUACAGGUAGGCUACAUACAUAAAGUUAACUGCCAUAUUAUAUGGUAAUUGUCUCAAAUCAAUAGAUGACUCACUUUUUUGUCAAUAAAAUCAAGUAUAUGUUUGUGUGUACUGA